ACCCUGGCUCAGAGCAUGCGCAUUUCUCCCUCGCCGUCCCUCCGGAGAGCGCAGGCGCGGUGGCUGCGGACGCGGUGGAGACAGUCCGGGGGGGACUGGGGGACCUCGGGCCGGUUACCGUGGAAACGGGGGCCUAGAUGGGCAGAGGGCAGUGCGGAGCCUGAGUCGACCCGACCUGGGACGGAGUGGACGCUAACUGCGGCUGAUCAUGGAGCGAAUGCUGCUGUACAAUGGAGGUCCGCGCUGCUGGAUGGAAUAACAGACUACUGGAACCACUCGGAACUUGAUGUAAAGCCCACAAUUGUUGUGUUGUACAGAAUGAGUACCCAGGAUGUUCCCCUUGGGAAUCUUGAAGGUUUUGAUUCUGAUAUGAUCAAGGAUGAGUCACUUUGUUUAACCAAAGUCAUCAGCAAUGGGCGCAGCAAAAGGACGGGCAGGACCGAGAGUGAUGACACUGACUCUGCUGAUAGUGACAAUGGUCUGGAGGAUUCACCAACAAACACAACCUGGGACACUUCCAGGAGAGCUUCAUCGAAUGAAUCCUUUUCUUCACGUCAAAGUGCAGAUUCAGUGUUGGUUGAUGAGGCAGCAUUAGAACGCAGAGAAUUCAUGAGGAGAUAUGUUGAAAAAAUCUUCAGUGGAAGGCAAGAAAUUGACCAGGAGGAGAAAGCUCGAUUUGGGGAACUCUGUUCUGAGGAAAACAGCCAAAGCAGAGAGUGGUUUGCAAAAUACGUUAGUGCCCAGCGAUGCCAUUCCAAAUGUAUCUCUGAGUAUGCUUUCUACCGACUGGUGCAGUCUUUUGCUGUUGUUCUGUUUGAGUGCUACCAAAUGGAUGACUUUGGUCCUGCCAAGAACCUGAUGACAAUGUGCUUUACCUUCUAUUACGUAGGCAAAUCCUAUCCAAAUGUGUCAAACCUGAAGGCAAAGGUGGAUGACUCCAGUGUGAAAGCCGGCAACAGCUGGCUGACAGAGAAAAGAGAUCUUGCUGCAUUACUGCUGAAAAACACUGAAAAUGUGAAGGGUUUCUUUGGGGGUCUGGAGAAGAAGCUGAAGCUGAAGAAUGAAGACACGCAAAACCAGACUCGGGAGAAGUCCGGUGAGAAUGUCAGAAUGGAAUGUUUCGAGGAAAGACAAGGAAAGAAGAUCUACCUGUACACACACCUCAAGCUGCAGCCUAUCUGGCACACCCUGAGGUUUUGGAAUGCUGCCUUCUUUGAUGCAGUUCACUGUGAGCGCAAGAAGAGAUCACCAACAACCAGGGAAAAAUGGUGUCACAUGACUCCAGAGGAGCGCGAUGACAGCCAUCGCUUCAAUGAGAAUAUUGCCUUCGGACAACUUGGGACCUUCACACACAACAUGUUGGCUUUUGGACUGAGCAAAAAACUGUGCAGCGACUUCCUGAAGAAGCAAUCAGUAAUUGGGAACCUGAACCAAGAGCAGUACCAGUUGCUUUGUGACCACAUUGAACAGAUGACGUCAGUGGAGUGAAGCAUUGGAAUGAGGAACAAUCUUGAACAGCAAUAGCAGCUGAUAGCUUAUGUCCUCCAACUUGACUUCGUGCACCACUAACAACUUUGACAGUGAGCUUGUUGCAGUUAGUGUGGAUGUGCCAAUGCGUCUGACUUGCUUUACAGCGACUGUCCUAUUCUGCUGUAUGCCCCAACUUAUUUAUUGUGUAUUCUGCUGGCAGACAGACACAAUCAACCAUUUCAGAAACUAAGUGUAUCUAUUUAAUGUAAGUUACGAAGAGCAGUAUUGGAUCCGCAAUGUGUCUAAUAGCCAUAAUUUCACAGCAUUUCAUCUUCUGAAGGAAUAGGAUGGUGCAAACAUUUUUUUAGUAAAGCUGUAAAGGUGGUGAGGAGCAUGUUGGCACAUUGGCCUGUGCAAUGCUAUAGAGGAUAUCUACCCUGCACUGCCGCUGUCUGUAUCUCCAGGUUUCUGCUUUACUUUAAGGUUGUUUGUGUUUGUGAUGUUUUGUUUGUCAGGAAUUAUCUGCGUCCUUUUUGGGUAUAGGAGCCAAACAUAGAGCCAUGUUUUCUAACAGUCUUCUUGAACAGUGAGGUUUUGGAGGAGAAAUGAUUAAUUUCUUCCACUGUCAAGUCCCAGGACCUCUCUCUUCUAGUACAUAGUCGCUAUGCCUGUACCACAUACUGCUUGGAGCAUUUGCAGACUGUUAUAUUCAGUUUUUCUUGCAUCCAGUUGGCAACUGAGACCGCAGUUUCACAACGGAGUAAGACAUAAGCUCCAAAAUCUCAUGCUCCAUUUUAAAUAUUUAAGUGAUGAUCUGUCACUCAGUGACAUUGAUAUGAAUACUGAAGACCUGAAAGGGUAUAGCUUACAGGACUUUUUCAGUCCUUGUAUUUAAUAAGAGACUCCUAAAUUCCUUGAUAACCAUCCCUACCCUAAUCCUGCCUGUAAUAAAAACCAAAACUGCUGGAGAAACUCAGCAGGUUUGGCAGCAUCUGUGGACAGAAAAAGAGUUAAUGUUUCAAGUCCAGUGACCCUUCCUCAGAACACAAACUGCCUAACUUGUCCUGCCUUAAAAGAAUCAGCCACUGUCCCUGGAUGAUUGUUGUCCGUCCCACCUUGUUUCCUCAGGCUGCUGCGGAUUGAGGUUUACGAACCCAUCUCCUCAUUGUUUAACUUGCUGCCCAUUCUGUUUGAUGUAUUGAUACCUGUCAUGUGAUGUUUACAUUUCUAUAUCAGUAUCUAAGUGCUGUUUUCUGUAACUAAUGUUGUUUAAUUCAACAUACCCUUAUGUUUCAAAUGUGAGAGGCUUGAUGUGUUGUCUGUUUUCUUUCUGCUCUGAGAAUCCAGAGCGGAUCAUUGUUGAUGAUUUUAUAUUGAACAAGAGACUGGGGUGACCCCCUUUUGGGUAAACACAUUCCACUCCUGUACCAUAUAUAAUGCAGCUCAGUAAUACUGUACUCUGCACACCUCUUCUCAAAUACAACCCAGUUUUAUAGAAUGACCAAACAGCGGCAGGAGUUUGGAACCAGGGACAGCUUAAACAGCAUCCCUGUUCCAUGAGCUGGUUGGUGUCUGUGUACAUGUUUCUUCUGUCUGUCAGCACCACACUGACUCUGAAGGAAAUCAGAGAGCAUCAUUUCCAAAACACAUCACAAAACAGAAAUGACAAAUAUUGAGCCAGGAAUUUUAAGCUUUUGUCACCUUUUUAAUCAAACCAUUACUGUGCUAUAAAUGGGAAGAAUUAUCUCUGUUUAAUGGUAUAGUUUCAGGACUAAGCUGAAGGUCAAUGUUCUUUACUAACCUGCUGUUACUGUGCUCUGUAUGUAUUUAGGCAGCUCUUUACAUCACCAGGAUGGAGGUUUGCUGCUACUGUGUGUCACUGGACUGUAGUGUCAUGUGGGGGAGCAGAUAGCUCUCUGGUGUUUUCAUGUACCACUCAGAGCCAGAUUCAAAUAUGCUUGGCUGGUUUCUGGCAAUAGCUUUGUCUGCCUGUUGAGAUGAGUAUAAGACAAUAUCCUUGUACUAUGUACCGGUCGGUGUCUCAGGCUAGCUAUGGCUGAACACUCCCAGUAGGGAGGGUUGACACUAAGCCACAGUGUCAAACUUUAAUACAGUCUCUUCAAUUCCUCUUGCACAAAAACUGAUGAACUAAGUUACCAGGCUAGAACCACACGGUGUAAGUAUAAGUAUGAGCUGAAAAAUGUGUUGCUGGAAAAGCGCAGCAGGUCAGGCAGUCCAAGGAGCAGGAGAAUCGACGUUUCAGGCAUAAGCCCUUCUUCAGGAAUCUUUUUCAGCUCUGAUCCCCAGCAUCUGCAGUCCUCACUUUCUCAUAAUUAUAAGUAUGUCAUCUGGAUCUGUGAGUUGUGGUCAGGAACACCAGGGAACAAGAAAGAAAGCCACAAUCACAUUUUAAAAAUAAGUGUAGUUUGAUUAAAAGUUUCUGCCACAAAAUGGAUGGUAAUAUCUGCCAACCUUCUACCCUCUAAUACAACAAAACACUAACAAACAUGAAGGGUAGGAAGUACUGGUUGUGCCUCUAUCCAGCUUUAUUGUCAGAAAUACCUUACACCUUUAACAUGCUACAUGUCCAUCAAUAUUGACAUGAUUGGGGAUUAUUCAAACAAAGUAGAGAAACCCACCCAAACAGCAGCAGAACUGUACUCCAGGACAACCUGCAACCUCAUGGCCUGGUAUAUUCCCAACUCAAACAUUACCAUUAGGAGCAGCAUCAGGCAUACCUAAAAAUGAGGUGUAAACCUGGUGAAGCUACCAAACAGGAUGACUUGCAUGCC